AUGUCUCAAGAAAAGAUGGCAGAGAUCCCCCGCUUCAGCUUCUUCUCUUCAAAGACUCAACAAGCAAUCACAGCUUCGUCAUGGGAUAAUCUCUUCCCCGAUGGUAAGCUGGACGAUGUCAUUCAGGAGAAACUCAAAGCUAGACCCGAGCCCUCUUGUCCAGUCUUCUGGUUUGAUAUACGUGACCCGACCGAUGAAGACGUCGACCAGGUUAUGCAAACGCUGAAUAUUCAUCGAUUAACAGCUGAGGAUAUCAAGCUGCGUGAGACGCGAGAGAAAGUCGAGGUGUUCCGGAACUACUACUUGAUUUCGUUCAAGACGCUCGUUGAGCCGUCAAAUCCCGAACAUGAACGGCCCGGUAUUCCCUCUUCGGCAUCGAUGUAUAUCCUCGUUUUUCAGUAUGGCGUUAUUACUUUCUCGCCGAGGGGCUGCUCUCAUGUUCAUCGUGUUCGCAAUCGGAUUCGGAAAAUGCACGAUAUUCCUUUAUCCAGUGAUUGGAUCUGCUAUGCUCUAAUGUACGUCAAGCCCACCGGCACACCCACCUUAAACAGUCUGGUGAACACGAUCCAACUAACUGAAACCAGCGACGACAUAAUCGACAGCUUCCAACCCGUAAGCACCUCUGCAUCAACCGAAGCAGAAGCAAUAGAAGAUCAAGUCUUCAUCGCCCGCAUAGACGACGUCCAAACCCUAAUUCCUCGAAUCGACGCCCUCCGCAAAAAGAUCACCCACACUCUCCGCUCUCUCCACGGAAAACUCGACGUUCUCAACGGCUUCGUCAAACGCUGCGAAGCAGCAGAUAAACUCCUCCCUAUCUUUCCAGACGGAGAACUCAUUUUGUACUUAGGCGAUGUACAAGAUCAUCUGAUUACUACUAUUUCCACAUUAGCUCAUAUUGAUGAGAUUAUCGGACGGUCGCAGGGUAAUUGUCUUGCGCAGCUUAGUGCUACUAAUCUUAGGAUUAGUUUGACUGUUAAUUCGGUUAUGAGCAAGGUUACUAUUUUGGCUACUAUCUUUGUGCCUUGUCAUCUUGUUACGGGGAUGUUUGGGAUGAAUGUUGUUGUGCCGGGGCAGGAGGAUAGUGGGUUGACGUGGUUUUUUGGGAUUGUGGGUGCUUUUGUGGUUUUUAUGAUUGUUUGUAUGGGGGCUGCGGCGAAGUAUAAGUUGUUGUAG